AUGACCUGCCAGGCCUUCAGCACCAGCGAUUCCUUCACGACUCUGAGCGGAGACUCGCUGCUCAUGCACCACAGCGGAGCCGCAGACUGUCUGCCCGCCAACAUGGGGCCUCCAGUGCAUCACAUCUCUGGUUUAGUGCACUCAGGUCUCCCACUGGUCCAGUCAUCCAAACGCUCUCACAUGCAUCUGUCCACUUCCGCUCUGAGUAACGCGUCAGCCAGCCUGCACUACCCGAUGCCCCCGUGUCACUAUAGCAACCAGCAGACCACCUACGGCAUGAUGACGGCGCAGGAAAUGCUCUCUGCCAGCAUCUCUCAGACCCGCAUCCUGCAGACCUGCAGUGUUCCUCAUGCCAACAUGGUCAACAGUUCACUGCAAGGAGCUCUGGCUCCACGCCUCUAUAAGUUCCCCGAGCACGGUUUGGGCGGGGGCUCGUGUGCUCUGACCCACAGCUUCCAGCCGCUGCCCCAGGCCCUGCUCACGGAUGAGCCCUCUCUAGGGGACAUCAAGCAGGAGCUGCGCAGGAAAAGCCGGCCCCUGGAAGAGCCCCCCGAUAUGGACUCGCCUCAGAUCCGGGAACUGGAGAAGUUUGCUAAUGACUUCAAACUGAGGAGGAUCAAACUAGGUUACACACAGACCAAUGUGGGUGAAGCACUGGCGGCUGUGCACGGCUCUGAAUUCAGCCAAACCACCAUCUGCCGCUUCGAGAACUUGCAGCUCAGCUUCAAAAACGCCUGCAAGCUCAAAUCCAUCCUGGCAAAGUGGCUGGAGGAGGCCGAGCAAGCCGGCGCUCUUUUUAAUGAGAAGAUGGGCAUGCAUGAGCGUAAACGGAAACGGAGAACAACCAUCAGUCUCGGGGCUAAGGAAGCCUUAGAACGAAAUUUCGUGGAGAAGAGUAAGCCAUCAUCUCAGGAGAUCGUGCGAAUGGCGGAGGGUCUCCAUCUGGAGAAGGAGGUGGUCCGCGUGUGGUUCUGUAACCGCCGGCAGAGGGAGAAGAGGGUGAAAACCAGCCUACACCACAGCUCGUUCAUGGCCAAAGAGACGGCAGCCUGUAGACCCUGAAGAACCAGAGUCUCCAGAUGCUCUGCUGGGAUGGGAUUAUUAUCCACAGGC